AUGGCCACCAGCGGCGCAAGUGACAACGUUCCAGGGCUGCCAGGCACCGGCGGAUCCCGAGUGACAACGGCCGGGCUGUCCCCGCUCAGCCGCGCUCCGCUCUCGGCGUUCCCGGUGACCGGGGCUGUGCCUCGUCCCUUGCCCGGCCAUGCCGACCCCAGGCACCACACGAGGACCCGGAUCAGUGGAUGGGGAGCCCCGAGCAGGCCGAUGGCCCAGCCCCAGGUGCCUGUUGGGGGGCAGAGCCCGCCCCAGGAGGGCUCCGUGGCCGUGGUGCUGCGUGUGAGGCCCCCCAACCGCCGGGAGCGAGCUGCACCCUCCAUCCUGCACGUCCUGAACCAGCACGCCGUGCUCUUCACCUCCGAGGAGCCCGGCGGCACCGGCACCGGCCCCGGCCGCCGCCGCAGGAACCUCGAGUUUGAGUUCGACCACGUUUUUGGCGAGAGGGCCACGCAGGAGGAGGUGUUCCAGCACACCACGCUCCCUCUGCUGGACACGCUCCUCGCUGGCUACAACUGCUCCGUGUUUGCCUACGGUGCUUCAGGGGUUGGGAAGACCCACACCAUGAUGGGCACCAAGAGCACUCCUGGCAUUGUGCACCUGGCCACGGUGGAGCUCUACAAGAGGCUCGAGGCCAUGAAGGACAGGAGCUGUGAGGUCCUUGUCUCCUACCAGCAGGUGUACAAGGAGCGUGUCUAUGACCUGCUGAAGCCCCAGGGCCCUCUGAACAUCUGGGAGCAGCCUGGGAAAGGAGUCGUGGCACAGGGCCUCUCCUUGCACCAGCCCACGACCCCAGAGCAGCUCCUGGACUUGUUGGCCAAAGGCAAUAAAAACCGGGCCCAGCGUUCCACCAAGGCCAACGCCGCCUCCUCCCGCUCCCACGCCAUCUUCCAGAUCCAGGUGAAGCACUGGGACCUCACCGGUGGGGAGCCACGCGUGGCCAAGCUGAGCUUCAUCGACCUGGCGGGCUCGGAGCGAGCCUGGGACACGCCGGGCCGGGGAGAGGGGAUGUGGGAGGGCACCAGCAUCAACCGCUCCCUGCUGGCCUUCAAAAGCGUCGUCCGUGCUCUGGCCGGAGCCAAGGGCGGGCAGUGCCAUGUGCCGUUCCGGGACAGCAAACUGACGCUGCUGCUGAAGGAUUCGCUGGUGGGCAGCUUCCGCAGCACCGUGAUCGCUGCCGUGAGCCCCGCGGCGCCCGCCGGCCCCGACACCUACAGCACGCUGCGCUUCGCCAGCCGCGCCCGGCACAUCCUGCUGCCGUCCCUGCAGGACCCCGGGGUGUCUCCCUGCAGCUCCAGAACAGCCUCCCCGCCCGAUCUGCAGUUCCAGACCAGGACACCAAGUCCCCUUCAGCAGGACCUGCAGGACCAGGAGCAGAACCUCUGCCCUGAUGAAAUUACUGAGAAGACAAAGGAUGUGGAGGAGCCCACAGGGCUGGAGGAGCUCACAGGGCUGGAGGAGACAACAGGGCUGGAGGAGCUCACAGGGCUGGAGGAGCCCACAGGGCUGGAGGAGCUCACAGGGCUGGAGGAGUCCCCAGGGCCGGAGGAGUCCCCAGGGCCGGAGGAGUCCCCAGGGCUGGAGGAGUCCCCAGGGCUGGAGGAGUCCCCAGGGCUGGAGGAAGCUGCACUCCCCUGUUGCCUCGAAGAGCCCAGCGAGGCUGCCCCAGCCCCAGGAACGCAGCUGAGCUGUACAGCCGAGGCUCCUGUCACCAUGCCAGACCCCCCUGUGCCCAGCACGGCCCCGCAAUGCAGCCAGGAGCUCUCUCCGUGCUCCACUCCCAAGCCCAUCUUUGUCUGGCCGGUGAAGAGGAUGCUCGAGUCGAGCAGCGAUUCCCAAUCAGAAAACUCCUGCGGCUCCCGAACCCGGAGGAAGCGCCAGCGGGGCUGUAGGAAGGCAGAGCAGAGCUCCCCCGUGUCCCCGGAGCCCCGCAGUGCCAGCCGCCAGCCCUCCCCUCCGCCGGGCACCCAGAGCCCGGGCACCGCGGCACCAGCACGGACCCCCAGCCCCCUGCCCGGGCCGGCCCCAGAGCUGCUUCCCCCGAGCGCUGAGCAGCAGCAGCAGCAGCCAGAGCUCCGGGAAGCCCUCCCGAGCCCACCCCCCAGCUCCUCUCCCAGCGCCCAAACCCCCAAGGCCUCCAGCUCCUCCUCCAGCUCCCCGAGCAUCCCCUCCUGUCCCGUGCCGCCCUCCUGGCCGUGGUUCCAGCAGCGUGCCGGCGUCUGUGCCCCCUCUGUUGGCUCAGUGCUGUAUGUGUGUUUGCAGGUGAUGAGUGGGUUUAGGAGAUAG